UCCUGACAUCAUGGCUGCCUUCAGUAGAGGCAGGCCAAAGAUCAGAGGUCUCUUCACCUUUAGGACUCUAAUAUCUACAAGAAACUUUACUGGUAAUUUUGAUUAUGAUCUGGUGGUUAUUGGUGGAGGAUCUGGAGGGUUAGCAUGUUCAAAAGAAGCUGCCCAGUUAGGACAGAAAGUAGCUGUCUUGGACUAUGUCGAACCUUCACUUAAAGGCACAAAAUGGGGUCUUGGUGGCACUUGUGUGAAUGUUGGCUGUAUUCCGAAGAAGCUUAUGCAUCAUGCGGCAUUGCUCGGCACUGCGGUCAAAGAUGCAAGGAAGUAUGGCUGGCAAAUCCCAGAAUCCCUCUCACAUGAUUGGCCAGUAAUGGCAGAGGCUGUCCAAAACCAUGUGAGGUCCCUAAACUGGGGUCACAGAGUUCAGCUACAGGACAAGAAGGUGAAAUAUUUGAAUAUGAAGGGCAGUCUGGUGGAUAAACACACUGUCAGAGCUGUGAAUUCCAAAGGGAAAGAGACAACAGUGACUGCGAAAAACAUUGUGUUAGCCACUGGUGGACGGCCAAAGUACCCCACACAUGUGCCGGGAGCCGUGGAGUUUGGAAUUACAAGUGAUGAUAUCUUUUGGCUCAAGGAGUCACCAAGGAAAACGUUGGUUGUUGGUGCCAGUUAUGUAGCAUUGGAAUGUGCUGGCUUCCUCACUGGCAUUGGGCUGGACACCACUGUGAUGGUGCGCAGUAUCGCCCUCCGGGGGUUUGAUCAGCAAAUGGCUGGUUUAGUCACAGACUACAUGGAUGCGUAUGGCACCAAGUUCUCCUGGAGGUGUACGCCGAAACGAGUAGAAAAGCUCCCGUCUGGGCUUCUUCAGGUCACAUGGACAGAUCUAAACACUAAAGAGGAGCGUCAAGACACCUUCAACUCAGUACUGUGGGCAGUAGGCAGAGCCCAUGAAGCCAGGACACUCAAUCUGGAGAAGAUCGGCGUGGAGAUCAACAAAGAAACGGGGAAAAUAAUUGUGGCCGCUGAUGAGGCAACGUCUGUGCCGAACAUUUACGCAAUCGGGGACAUCGGCGAGGGUCGUCCUGAGUUGACCCCAACAGCUAUUAAGGCGGGAAAGCUCCUUGCCCGUAGACUGGAGGGCCAUUCCACUGAGCUCAUGAACUAUGAUAACGUAGCCACUACAGUGUUCACGCCACUAGAAUAUGGUUGUGUAGGUCUGUCUGAAGAAGAUGCAGAGAAGAGAUAUGGAAAAGACCAGAUUGAGGUGUAUCACGCAUUCUACAAACCACUGGAGUUCACCGUGCCUGAGAGAGAUGCCAGUCAGUGCUACAUUAAGGUUGUUUGUCUACGUGAAGGUGAGCAGCGUGUUCUGGGUCUGCAUUUUACCGGGCCAAAUGCUGGCGAGGUCACGCAGGGUUUUUCUCUGGGCUUCCAGUGUGGGCUUACCUACGCUCACCUGAGGAAUACGGUCGGGAUUCACCCCACCUGUGCCGAGGAGCUAACCAAAGUCAACAUCACUAAACGCUCUGGUCUGGACGCCACGGUAACGGGCUGCUGAGGUUAAGCAUCCCCUCCCUGAUCACAUGAGCACACGGGAACCAACAGAACAGGGUGUUGUCAUGUCAAUAUUGGGGUGCAAAAUGAAGCGUAACCCGCAAGCCAUUUCGAACGUGCAGAAUUCUGGAGAUGCAGGACGAAUCUCGUGAAAAUUCAAGAACUGUGUCUUUCAGUUUUUGUUUUAAAAGCUCUUCUGCGUCUGUUCUUACCUCCUGUCUAUGCGCGCUGGGGGUCUUAAUUUUGACCUUUGAGCCAUGGAACCAAUGCAAAUCAAACACAGCAGUACUUCACUACUACAGUACAUGGAAAACUAUUUUUUUAAUAAUAAUUUUGACUAGUUUUUUUUAGUAAAAAAAAAAAAAGAAGAAAUUCAUAAAAUUAAAACACCCUUAAAAUAAACUAAAAAAUUAUUCACUUAUGUGUUUAUAUGUGUAGAAUAUGUUUAUAUUAGGUUUCUUUUUCAUACCCAUUUGGCAAAUAGAUUUUGAUCUAUUUAAGUUUUCUCUAUUAAAGUAAAUCUAAGAAAAAAUUUGUCAGGUUUAAGCUUAAAACAAGAAAUAAAAAACAGGCGGCAACUGUACGGCAAAAUAACAAGCCUUUUUAAGUAUAUCUUAUACAAUUUAGCUUCUCAAGGAAACGUAUCUUGUUUUAAGAAUGUUUACAUAUAUUUAGUUGGGGGGAAAAAAGACAAAUGCCUUAUUGAGAAAAAUGUAUGUCAGUUUCCUACAUGAUAUCUCCCUUGAAGGUCCACAUUUUAAAUGUUAACCUUUUUUGAUAUUGCAUUCCAGAGGCCAACGCUAACAAGUAAUUCCUUCUUUACAUCAGCAGUGAAACAUCGUUUCCAGGGGAGUUCUUUACUGUGGGUCAUGGUAAUCCAAUAAGGUGCUUGUGUUUGCUCUUUGGAAUAAGAUCGUAGAUCCAGAUUAGGGCAACACUAACCGCAAGUGCCGCUACGAACAGAUAAACACGGCCGUAAAUCAGGAUUAAGGCCCCAUUACAGUGUGCUGAAAUGGGAACCGUAGGAGAAAGUGGCCUAACGUUUCUGAAAUAUAUUCUGCAAAUAUUGUUGUUUCUCUGGCUGUACUUCCUGUCCAUUAGUCAUGCGCCACUCUGACACUGAUGGAUGGGAUAGGCCCGUCGAUACGCUGACACCACCCCAUUUCCCAGGAACGUAGACAAACACUCGGUGAGCAGCGUGUCACUCAAACCCCGAAUCCAGUCGUGGACAGAGCGAGCGCUUGUUUAGUCCUGGACUUCAGGAGGUUUCCCAGAGCACAGGGGGAACAAAGAGUACACAGCAAUAACAUACUCUCCUGCUCUUAAAGGAAUAGUUUAACCAAAAAUGAAAAUUCUGACAUCAUUUAUGCACACUCAUGUUGUCCCAAACCCAUACGACUUUCUGGCCACUCUUUUCUAUAUAAUGAAAGUAAAAUGGGACUGAGGCUCUCAAGCUCCAAAAUUAGAAAAAAGUGCCAUAAAAUUUAGCUUAACAAAUUAGCUUUGUGUGAGAAACUACACAGAAAGACUAAAAUUUAAGUAAUUAUUUGCUGAUAAUCUUCCCCACAGUUGCUUUUUUUAUGGCUUCAGAAGACUUGGAAUAUAGUUGUGAUGCUUAACAGCCCCAGUCUUCUUUCCCUUUCUUUAAAUGGCAAACAGUGGUGGACAGAAUUUUCAUUUUUUGUGAACUAUCGCUUUAUCAUCUUUGAGUUAAGUCUUACAGGCCAAGGGAGGCAGUGGCUACUUUCAGUAGUGCUGCUGGCUUCCUAAAGGUGGCAGUGUUAGCUUCCAAUUCUCCUGAAUCUUUACUCACAAAUGUGAGGAUAAAAUCUCUGGAUGAGAUCUGAACCAUUUAGUCAUUACAAAUUCAAGUAACAGUUAAUCACUGGCAGAAUUUAAGAUUAAUUGAACACCUACUGGGCGUUUUGCGUUUCAUAGGUUUAGCUUAUCUGUUGUUUGUGUACUUGGCUAAUAGCUUUGGCCCACGGUGCUGCCACCCGCUUAGAGGCUGGGGUACUUGCACUACACCUAUUCCCAAAAGUUCAAUUAAUUUUGUGACAGGAAGUCAAUGACAUCUCCUGUUUACUGUCAAACCAGAUAAAGUAUUCAAAGUAUAUAUAUAAAUGUCAGUAGAAUGGCAAAAAAUUGCUCAUAUGUAUGUAUUGAAAUAGGAAAUAAAAUCAAAAUAGAUCAUUUUUCCUUGUAAUUUUAGUCACAUAGUAAAUAAAAACAACAGACAUGUUACUAUGUAACUUAUUAAACAAAUCACAGUAUCUUUCUUAGUUUGCUCUGGAGCAGUAAUUAUACAAAAUUAAUAUUUAAUUUAGCUGUAAGUCACUGCAACUAUUUCUACAAUUUUAUGAAAUCUGACAUCUUUUUCUUUCAAACCAAAUAAUGUAAAGCAUAUAUAUAUAUAUAUAUUUAUUUAUUUAUUUAUAUCUCUAUUUAAAAAAAAUAAUAAUAAUUAUAUUCAGUACAGUGAACAUGAACAUUUAGAAAGAGCCCUUAAUGGUGUAAUAAAACAGGAAAUUAAAUAAUAAUGUGAAAUUUGUGUUUAUUACUUCAGAGAUAUCUUCAAUGAAAUUCAACGCAAUGAGACAGAUAUGCUAAAACUAUGAAAUGCCUCAACUAAUUACAAUCUGGUAUUCAUUAUGCUCUAGUGCAGUAGUUAUGCGUAUGUUGAAUAUAUAUGUUAAAAACACUAAACAUGAUUUCAAUGCCAGUUUCUACCUUUUGCAAUACUUAAAGGGAUAGUUCACCCAAAAAUGAAAAUUCUAUCAUCAUUUAAUCACCCUCAUGCCAUUCCAGAUGUGUAUGACUUUCUUUCUUCUGCUAAACACAAGCAUAGAUAUUUCAGCUCUGUUGGUCAGUACAAUGCAAGUCAACAGGGUCCAAAACUUUGAAGCUCUAAAAAAUCACAAAGGCAGCAUGAAAGUAUUCCAAAAGACUCAAGUGGUUAAAUCCAGAAGUGAUAUGAUAGGUGUGGGUGAGAAACAGAUCCAUAUUUAAGUCCUUUUUUACUAAACAUUCUCCUCUUUGCCCAGUAGGUGGCAAUAUGCACAGAGAAUGCGAAUCGCAAAAACAAAAGAACAACCACCCUCAGGAGAGAAGAGCACUUAGGAGGGCUUUUUGAAAGUGGACAUUUAUAGUAAAAAAAAAAAAGGACUUGAAUAUUGAUCUGUUUCUCACCCACACCUACCAUAUCCCUUCUGAAGACAUUGAUUUAACCACUGGAGUUGUAUGGAAGACUUUUAUGCUGCCUUUGUUUGUUUGCUUUUUGAGCUUAUAUUUUUGAACCUGUUGAUAUGCAUUAUUCAGCAAAAAAAAAGGGAGGAUUUUAAUUUUUGGGUGAAUUGAACUAUUCUUUUAAUAUCCAUGUAGUCCUCUGUUUGUUUAAUGAUGUUUGGGCCAGUUAACGCCGAAUUUAGUUUAAUUCCACAUUACAACUUUACCAACUUACCCAACAUUGUGUUGGGUAAAUAUGUGAGACAAUAUGUUAAACAUAGAUGGUCGUACACAUUUAGCAGCACUGGAUUUAUGAGAAUGCAAUAGAGUUUACAAGUGAGGGUUGUGAUGGAAAGAACGGUACUGCUGGAAUUUGUUUUUGUUUGAAGUCUAAUCUGCCCUGGCUCUGAUUAAUGAGCCUGAGAGUGGAGUGACAGCUUGCUGUGGCGAUGGAGAGGAGCGCUGCGCUACCAGGUUUAUUUGUACCCAUGGCUGAUGGGAAGGGGGUACCGUGUGCUCGACUCAGAGAUGGGGUGCUGACUGAAGAACCCUGACCCUAACAUAGCACCACCAACAGCUUGGCUCUAUCAGCACACACACAGCUGGUGGACGGGGCUGCGCCACAACACAAAAAUAUGCAAGAGUUUGUCAAAUAUUCAAGUUUUGAACUAAAAUUGAUGUUCACACAUUUUUUCAAUUGAGCAUUUAAAGUUGAAAUGUAACAUUUAACUUACAUUUAAAAUGUCAAAAUAAAUGAUCAAAUGUUCUAUAGAUGCAUAAACCGCAGGCCAACUAGAGAUGGUGCUUCAACCCCAACACACUUCGGAAGGGUCAGGGUUCAACUUUCAAGGGCCCAGCUAAUGAUGACUUGCACAAAAAGCCAAAACUGGAGAGGGCAAGUCUGAUGUCACCUGGCGUCCAAUUUUAUAUUUGUAUAUAGAGAAGCUUAAUUUGCCAUUAAGCCUCAUACUGUAUAAUUUUGGUGUGCAUAAUAAAAUAUGAAAAUGUACUGUUGCACCAUUAAAAUAAUGAACGAUUGUA